AUGAAACAAGCUACUACCUCUACUUCAUUAUUAUCACCAUUCAAUGGCAAAACGAUUGUACUCGAACUUGGCCAUGAAAUAGGUUUCAAAGCUAAACAAGAAUUGAUCAACUAUUUACGAGAACAGCAAGCACAUAUUUCAUAUAUUUUGACAGCUAGUACUGAUUAUGUUUUGGCUAUGAAUAAUGUAGAUAGCUACAAGAUACGUCGUGCCAAACAGCUUGGCUUACCAAUAGUCAAUGUUGAAUAUGUAUACAGAUGUCGUUGUUUGCCACCUGGUCAAACAUCAAUUGAUAUUAGUAAAUUUAUUAUCAAGUCAGCUGAAGAUCAAGAAAAUUUUACAAAAACCGGCACUAUUUCCAUGGAAGAAUGUCGAGUAAAUGUGACUAAAAUCAAUAAAUUCGAUUUGACUAAAAUCAAAUUAUGGAAUUCGGACGAUGUCGAUUUGCCUGGUUUCGAUGAGUUGACACAUUGUGAGAUUGGCAAAUGGGCCAUUUUCAAAGAAACCAACGAUAAUUCAAAUGUAUUUUUUGUUCUUGAACUUCAAGUUAUUCCAGAACAGUACUACGAUCGAACAACGAGUGAUUAUCGACUACGAUUUCGAUAUGAAAAACAGACUAUUAUUGGUGAAGAACCACAACACGAUAAAAAAAUUUCGAUACAAUAUGCAUUCAGUGAUGAUCCAAACGAACAACAACAAUUGUUUGCAUCGUACUAUUAUCGAGUGGCUAAAAUGUCACGUAUAACACGAAUUCGUGAGAUGUUACCUAAUAAAUUAGGAUCAAAACUAUUGUUACGUUCUUUAUUUACUCAUCGUAUCGAUACACAGAUACUUGAUGAGAACGUAUGUCAAUUGAUUGAAUCGAUUUGGUUAGAAUCGAUUGGUGAUCUGAAUAAAAUGUUGAGCAUAUCACCCGAAUCGAUCACUCUCAAAACGAUCAUUGAAGCCGAAGCUGCACUGCUUGAACUCAAAUCAACCAACAAUUCUGCUGCUGCACUUCGUUUCUAUUCACUUAUACCACAUCGACAAGAAUACAAUAUCGAUCUCAUCAAGAAUCGUCGAGCGUUAACCGAAAAAAUAGACUUAUGUCAAAUGCUUCGAGAUAUGCUUACUGUCAACGAACUGACCAAUUGGAAUGUUAAAGCACCAAUCGAAGCUAAAUAUCGAGCAUUGAAAUGUUAUAUUGAAACAGUGACUAGUUCAACACCCGAAUUUAAGAAUAUUGCUAACAUCAUUCAAUCGUCGACAGAUAGCGAUGAACAAAUUGUCAUUCACAAUGUAUUCAGCGUGGCUAAACAGACAGAUGCACUCAAUUUUUGUACAACAUUAUCUCAUCAACGACAACUAUUUCAUGGAUCGAAAUAUGUCAAUUUUCUUGGGAUUCUUUCACGUGGUUUGGUCAUGCCUAAAAUGGUAGUAGAAGACUUAGGUGUUGUACGUACUGAUAUUGGUUGUCUCGGUUAUGGGAUUUACUUUUCUGAUUCUGCUUCGACUUCUUUAAAGUAUACAACAACAAGCAUAGUACGACCAGGUCGUCGUUUGUUAUGCAUUUGUCAAGUAGCACUUGGCGAAACAGCUAACUAUUAUUCAUUUUCACCGACUCUCACCAAACCUCCGGAUGGUUUUCAUAGUACGCAUGGAGUUAAACGAACAGAAGAUAAUCAUUCAAUGUUUACUGAUAAUGAAUAUGCGAUCUAUCAACUCGAUCAACAACGUUUACUCUACAUUGUGGAAGUUUCAUGGGCACCGAAAGAUAAUCUCAAUAUCGAAUUAGAACGAUUACCAAUUAUUCAUCAUCAACAGCAUGCAUUACAAUUGAGUGAACAUGUCGAAGUUCCCAUGACAAUCGAUAAUGAAAUCAUUGAAAUAGCUGAACAAGACUAUGGUUUAAUAUGUCCAUCAUCAGGAAAACUUGUACCACUUAAAUCAUUUCAUAUUCGUGCUCAAAUUGUUGAUGUUACAGUUGAAGUAAUUAUAUCUAUGUUUCCAUUGAAGUCAAAUACUAAUUCAUCAUAUUUCUAUUUAAUGAAAAAGGUUGUUCUCUAUCAAGUCUAUCACAAUAUGAGUUCGAAACCGAUUGAAGCUAAAUAUGUAUUUCCUCUUGAUGAAAAUUCAACUGUAUGUGGUUUUGAAGCACAUAUCAACAAUAGAAUUAUCAAAGGUGUCGUUAAAGAAAAAGAACAAGCCAAACGAGAGUAUCGAGAAGCAAUUCAAAAGGGUCAUGGCGCCUAUUUAAUGCAUCAAGAAGAAGCUCAAGUGUUCAGCGUUGCUGUUGGUAAUUUGCCAGCGAACAAUGAAGUUAUCAUCAAAAUAACCUAUGUUGCCGAAUUAGAAAUCGAAAAUGGCGAUAUUAUUUUUCGUCUUCCAGCCAAAAUGACUUCAUGGCAAUCGAAAAAAGCGAUCGAAAACAAAGAUCAAACAAUUCUACGAUCUAUUGGUAUUGUCGAUGAAAAAGUUGAAUUCAGUUUCAAAGCAUCGAUUCGAAUGCCAUACAAAAUAGUGAAAUUAUUUUCGCCAACACAUCGUCUUCGUCGAAAGUUAACUGAUUGUAUAGCCAUGAUUGAACUUGUCGAUAAUAUCUUACUUGAUCAAGAUUUUAUUCUUUCGAUCGCACUCAACAGUCCUAAUUUACCUCGAACAUCAAAUGAAACAUUGUCAUUGGAUGACAACAGUGGAACAACUGACACAUCGAACAAUCAUAAUUCUCAAGCAUGUAUGCUUACCUUUUAUCCACGAUUCGAAACAUUGACGAAUUCGAACGAACAAAUUGAAAUUAUUUUCAUUAUUGAUGUAUCAAAUUCAAUGGAUGGUAGUCAUGUACAACAAGCUAAACAGUUAACUCAUUUGUUUCUUACUAAUUUGAAAGUUGCCGAUGAGAAUACAUAUUUUAAUGUAAUCACUUUUGGAUCAGAUAAUGAUGAAUGUUUUCCUAUAUCAACACCAAUCACAAAAGAAAAUCUUGAUAAAGCCAAACAUUUUGUUUUGCAUUCUCUUGUCCAUCGUGGUAAUACGGAUCUAUUUGCUGUUCUUCAUCGUUAUUCAUUAUUACCAUCGUCAUUAUCAUCGAAAUUCGGUCGUCAAUUCAUUCUUCUAUCCGAUGGACAUAUUCACGAUCUGAAUUCGAUUCUUGCUCUACUCAAAUAUCGACCGACUAUGCGUCGUGAUCGUUUAUUUACAUGUUCAGUUGGUAAUAUUGCAAACAAACAUGGUUUGAAACAGUUAGCUAAUGGAGCAAAUGGAGGUGGUCUAACAACGAUAUUCGAUUCGAACUAUCGAUCAAAAUGGAAAACAAAAGUAUUGAACAUUCUUGAACAGAUCCGACAACCUUGUGUUACAAGUAUAUCUAUCGAUUGGCAUGGUCAUUUGGAUGAAGAACAAAAAUUCAAUAUGCAAGCACCGAAAAUGAUUCGAUCUUUGUUCAAUGGAAUGCGACUUACUGUUUAUCGAUUCAUAGAAAAUUGUCACAAGGCAACAUUGACGGCUACUAUUGAUGAGCAAGAAUUUGUUACGACUGUAUUUAGUAGUACGAUGACAACGACCAGAGGGCGUAUUCUACACUGUCUAACUACUCGAGCGAUCAUCGAUGAUUAUGACAACGGACUAUUGGAUGUAGAUGAGAGCGAAAACGAAUUGAUCAAAGCUCAAUAUCGACGAGAUCUCAUCGAUCUCAGCAUCAAAUAUUCUGUUGUCAGUGCAUACACUAGUUUUGUUGCCAUCGAAGAACGUGAUAUCAAAACGGAUAUAAAAACUCUUCAACCAGGUGUUCGUCUGCCUGAAGUUAUGCUGAAGCAUGAUGUGGACUUACUACCAUACAUGGGAUGGGAUGGUGAUAUAUCAAACUUGACUUUAAUCAAACAUAAAUUGUUCGAUGCGCGUAUUUCACUCGAAUGUGCAUCGAUUCAGGGCAAAAAAGAAACAGUUGCUGAUGUUGAAAAACUUUGUCAAAAAAUUUCCUAUCGAGCAGGUGGUGAUGCAAAAUUUGGUAUGAUGAUGACUAUCAUACGCACAUAUCGUUAUUCAUUGAAUGAAUACGAUAAUGCAGAUGAACUCGAAGACAAAAUGCGAAAGGAUAUAAUGACCGAAAUGAUUAGUGCAACGACAGAAGAACGGCAAGCAUUACAACAAAAAUAUUUGGUUCGUAUGCUUGGAGCUGAUUUCAAGGAUUUAACAACAGUUGAACAAAUGGAAAAGAUAAGAAAACUAUGCAGCAUGUUAGAUGAAGUACCAGAUUUUAUUGGUAAAUUAUUUAUGCCAGCAACAGCAAACCUAUCACCAAUACCUGAAAAGCAACUUCCAACUACAGAUAACAUGAAGAUAGGGGCUGAUCAAUUGACAGAAGAACAAAUAGCUGAAUUUCAAGAAGCUUUUUCUCUAUUUGACAAAGAUGAUGAUGGAACAAUUACAACUAAAGAAUUGGGUACGGUGAUGCGUAGUCUUGGUCAAAAUCCAACUGAAGCUGAAUUGCAAGAUAUGAUCAAUGAAGUUGAUGCCGAUGGUAAUGGUACUAUUGAUUUUCCUGAAUUUUUAACGAUGAUGGCACGUAAAAUGAAGGAUACUGAUUCGGAAGAAGAAAUUCGCGAAGCAUUCCGCGUCUUUGACAAGGACGGUCAUGGAUUUAUAUCGGCUGCUGAACUUCGUCAUGUCAUGACAAAUUUGGGUGAGAAACUCACUGAUGAAGAAGUUGAUGAAAUAAUUCGAGAAACACAUAUUCAUGGAGAAUCAAUGCCUGCACUACCAUCGGAGCCACCACUAGAACCGCCUCAACAACAACCAAGCCCUGGUGCCAAGAUACCAAUGAUGUCAGAUGGUAAACCAACGUCAGGCUUGACAUUACCAUGCAACCAGCCAUCAGUACAAAUAUCUGAAGCUGCAGCAUUAUCGUCUUGUAUCGAUAAUCUCAAGACUACAAGUCUCGAAUUGGCAGCGCCAUUCGAUUCGUCUGACCAUGUAGUUGAUGCUUCUGUAUCGGCUCCUCUUUCUUUACCGGAACCACUGUCACCAGACAUAUCAUAUCGAACAAUAUCACUGUCAAAAGAAGCGGCAAAAUCUGCAUCCCGCAGUGGUAGCAACUGUAUGCAAUCUCCAAUAGCAUCAAAACCGAAGUCAAGUGUUAAAACGCCUUCACGAGUUUUGUCAAAGAGUGGUAAACAUGGUAGCAUGAGAGUACUUAUCAGUGAACCACAAAGUUCAGACGAUGAUACAAUAGAUGAAAUACUAUCAAUGGAUUCGACAUAUGAAACUGUACAAUGUGACGAGAUGUCUGACAAAAUACAUGUGUCAAUGGAAAAACGAGAUCAACACCGGAAAGAGCAACGGUAUGACGAUGAUAUGAGAAAGUUUACAAGUGAAAGUGCACAAUCAAAAUCCACGAUUGAUAAAAAGACAAGACGAUUAGAAAUAUCUCGAUCAAGAAUGACACGUAGUUCAACAUCCGAAACAUCUGUCUGUGAUCUACUUCUUCUGGAUGUGUGUCCACUUGGUCUAGGCAUCGAAGAUAUUCACGGUAACAUGCACACGCUGAUUCGUCGUAAUACAAUUAUUCCAGCGCGAACUGAACUUUAUCCAAUAUUCACAAAUGCUUAUGCCUAUCAAACAACAGCUACCAUUCGCAUAUUUGAAGGUGAACAUAAUCUCACAAAAUACAAUAUAUUAUUGGGUGAAUUUAGUCUUUCUGAUCUAGCAAGCAACUUCGCUGCUCAGACACUUGAAAUAGCUAUUCGUAUGGAUAUCGAUGCUAAUGGGAUACUUCAUGUCGAUGCUGAAGAAGCACGCUCGGGCGCGAAAGCUUCAUUUACUGUUGGAUCCAAUCAGCAAAGGUUGAGCAAAGAUGAUAUUGAACGACAUAUUACAUAUGUAGAAAGUGAUACAAACUUUGCAGCUAAAUCUGUUUAUGAUCGCAAACCCAAUGAUUCAUUGUACUUACUCGAUGGUCAAAUCACAUCUGUAACACGUAACUUUUCUGGUGAACUUAUUACCUCAUUCGGUCAAACGACUGGUGCUCCACUUCUCAUUAAACUGAAAAAUGUUCAAUCUACAAGAACAAUGAUUGAAGAACUCAUCAAACUUCAAUCCGAGGACGGUUCAUUUACGUUGAAUAAAGAUUUAGCUGAUAUACUUCAUAUCAAUGUUGAUAUUUUCAAUGGCCUAGAACAAUAUUUACGUGAACAAGGUUUUAACUCGCUUGCUUUGAACAUACAAGACGAAAUUCUUCGUUUAAUUGGUACAGGUGUCAUUCUUCUUUGGCUCGUUCUUCAAAUGCAAGAUUUACAACAACAUACGUGUCAAUUUUUAUUUAACAUUGAACAAAUCAAAGUUUAUCUCUGCAACCAUUUACCUGCUAACAUGAAUGAACAAAUUAGCAAAGCGAUCGAAUUCUAUCAACAAAUAAGUCAACGUAAUGGUAUCUAUUGUAAACAAUUAGAAUUGAGCGAUUCAUCAUGGGAUAUGUUUAUUCAACGUAUAGUUAUUGGCAUCGAUCAUGUCAAUAAGUAA